AUGGCUCGGCAUCGUCUCCAAAGGUUGGAGGCUCCCUCGCGGACAUUGUCAAUGCUACUGCAUAUCGCGGGAAUCUUAUCCUUCACGGCCUCGUUCAAAUUUCUUGAUCAAUGGGAGACCCCGAUAUCGAGCGCCUACGGUGGUCAUUAUCAGUUCUUGACCAUUAUAGGCCUGGCUCUGGCCCAGAUCACCUUCGUGGUUGGCCUCCUAGCCGACAUCACCCUCUCUCCAAUGCUCUUCAAGGCAAAGAACACACUGUCAACGUUCUCGGCUCCACUCGAGAUCCUCAUCACCAUUUUAUACUGGGGACUAUGUGCCAUCGAUAAGUCUCUGGUGUUUCCCCCGGACUUGCAGCUGGACUUUUUGCCUGAUUUUGGCUUCCAUGCGGCGCCGGGCAUCAUGUUAGCCUUGGACCUGCUGCUUCUAAGCCCGCCCUGGACAAUCGAAGCUUACUCUGCAACCGUUCUGAGCAUGUCACUUGCGAUUGUGUACUGGUUUUGGGUUGAGUGGUGUGGACAACAAAAUGGCUGGUACCCGUAUCCUAUCUUCGAGUUACUCUCGACGUGGCAACGAGCACUGCUCUUUAUUUCUUCGGCGUCUUUGAUGACCGGCAGCACCAUGCUACUGAAAUGGCUGUACGGCAAGCUUAAUGGUAUUGAACGUUUCCAGAAGGAAGCUAUAACCAACCCCGCCGGAUUUCACACCAAAGGCGAAUAA